UUGUUUGUUUGUUUGAUUUGUUAGACACAACUUCAGGCAAUCCAUUGAUUGAUUAAGUGUUGUGUCUUAAACCCCUAGUACUGAGGGAACAGUAGGUAAAACACACAUUUAUCUCAUAUACCCGCGGACAGUGAACAUACAGAAGCAUACAGUAUACUGUAUUAUAUAUGCAAAUUAAAAAAAAAUGGUCAUAAAACAAGAGGACAUGCAUUUACCGGUUGACUAUUCGAUGAUCGAAGACAACCUAUUCCUCGGUAACGUUAUGGCCGCCCAUGACUUGGAUGUCAUGCGCCUGAUUGGUACCCGACGUGUGCUGACUGUGAGAAAUGUCGGCAUAGAUGACAGCUGUCGUCUACCGGACGUCCAGUACGGGCACAUCCAGUUGAACGACACCCACAACGACGACCUAUUGACACACUUUCCCCGAGCGCACCGAUUUAUUGACAACGGCCUGAGCCAAUCGCAGCCAGUGUAUGUCCACUGCCGUAUGGGUCGAUCGCGUAGUGUUACAAUAGUUGUCUCGUAUAUCAUGUGGAGAGACCGUAUCGGGUAUCGCGAAGCCAUGCGUCGGGUACGCCAACGGCGGCCAAUUGCCAGACCAAACAGCGGUUUCCGAUUUCAGCUCAAACUGUUCGAAGCGAUGAACUAUUCAUUUGAUCCGCUGAACCAUCAGUUUCGGGAAUACCUAUUGAAUCGGUUUCUCUAUGUUUGUCAAAAACGGAUUGUCUACGGUAUCGUCGACACCGACCAGACUAUUCAGCACAAGUUCUUCGCGAUACUCCAGUCGACGGCCAUUGAUGACGACCAGUUCGGCUGCCAAUACCAGUGCGCCCGGUGUCGGUCAGUACUGUUUAGCGACAUCCAAGUGCUGCGCUAUAACAAGUGCUUUGUGUUUACCGAACCGACCGCAUGGUUGUCCGCAAACGUGUAUAGCCAAGUGUCGGGCAGUGUCCAGUGUCCGCAAUGUUUAGCGCCGAUCGGACUGUUCAAUUGGCGUCAGUUUUGUCGCAUUAAAUUUACUACCGAUAGCAUUGGUCGCCAAUCAUCUCUACGACAGUUAUGUGUUUUCAAGUUUUAUUUGAAUGAAUUAAUUUACUGAAAAUUAUUUAUUUAUUUUUUUAAAAAAACCAGUGUAUAU